AGAAGCAGCAAAAAUAUAUACAAUGCCAAGCCAAUGUCUAUAAGUGCAAUAAACUAAAUGCAACGUACAAAUGUUCUACGUCACUUCCGGUUGUAGACAGACCACGAAGAUGGCUGACCUACCGGGAAUUAUUUCCCUGUUGGUGUUGUUAUAUAUAUGCUUGGCAGACAGCCAAGAGCUGACACCGUUACAGUGUGAACAUCUGGGCAUGUACAAUAGUUUGUUAUGUAGUUCGUGUAAUGAAUUAGACAAAUUUCAGCUAACACCUCUCAAAGACAGCUGUUCGAAAUGUUGUCAAAUGGACCAAGAGGGAGAGAAAGCAUUAAAGAUGUAUCCUUAUGCUGAACUAAUUGUAUGCGGAUGAAAAUUAGGAAGGUAUCCACAGGUUCAAGCUUUUGUAAAAAGCGCUCGUACACAACAAUUCCCAGGUCUUAAAAUCAAGUACACACGUGGUGCUGAUCCGACUAUUCAUCUGUUAAAUGAGAACAGAGAAAUAGUCGAAACCCUAGGAAUUGAGAAGUGGAACACUGAUUCUGUGGAGGCCUUCUUUCAUGAACGUUUAAUGAAGUAAAAAAACCAAAAAAAAACACAAAGCAUCUCUUCACCAGCUCUGCUAUUCAAAGUAGCUAAUAUUUC